CGGAAAUAUGAAAUCACCCAUCUGCCGGCGACUUCUUCCUCCUCUUCUUAUUCUUAUUCUCGGUCUUGGUCAGUUGCCGAAGUCGGUGAUUUCACAUGACUAUAACGAUGCUCUCUCCAAAUCCAUCAUCUUCUUCGAAGGCCAACGGUCGGGAUUUCUUCCGAAGAGCCAAAGGAUGACGUGGCGCGGUACCUCCGGGCUGAGAGACGGAUGGACCCACAAAACGGACCUCACCGGCGGAUAUUACGACGCCGGAGACAACAUAAAGUUCCAUUUUCCGAUGGCAUUCACGACGACGAUGCUUGCGUGGAGCGUGGUCGACUUCGGAGGAUACAUGCCUCCUUCCGAGCGUCAGAACGCUCUCGAGGCCGUCAAAUGGAGCUCCGACUAUCUCCUCAAGACCGUUUCUCAGCUCCCUAACCGUAUCUUUGUCCAGGUAGGAGAACCAGUCGCAGACCACAAUUGCUGGGAGAGGCCGGAGGAUAUGGACACACCGCGCACUUCCUACGCCAUCGACGCACCAAACGCAGCCUCUGAUCUCGCCGGAGAAAUUGCCGCCGCCUUAGCCGCUGCUUCCAUUGCUUUCCAGCCAUCGGAUCCCUCCUACUCUCGUGUGUUGCUUCAGAACGCUGUCAAGGCUUUUCAGUACGCCGAUUCCCACCGUGGUUCUUAUAGCGAUAAUCCUAGCGCAAAGGAUGCCGUUUGCCCUUUUUACUGCAGUAUGAGUGGGUACAAGGAUGAAUUGUUAUGGGGAGCUGCAUGGCUGAGAAGAGCCACGGGAGAAGAAUCUUACCUGAGUUACUUAGAGAGCAACCGUGAGGCCUUUGGAGAUGGCUCCGCCAUUCUCCAGUUUGGUUGGGACAACAAACUGGGCGGCAUUAACGUUCUUGUCGCCAAGGAAGUGUUGGAAGCCAAAAUGACGAGAUUAGAGGCAUUCAAGAACGAGGCAGAUAGCUUCAUGUGUUCGUUCAUACCGAAUGCAAGCGGACAACACGUGACAUAUACACCGGGCGGUUUGAUAUACGACGGAGGCAUGGCUCAGCUCCAAUGUCCCAUCUCCCGCUCCUUGCUCCUCCUUGCCUAUGCGGAUUACCUCUCCAAAGCCUCCCAAUCCUUACACUGCGGCAGCCUUGUCGUCUCACCUGAUGAACUCCGCCGCGUUGCCAAGAGACAGGUCUGUUUGAUCUUUCCAAUUAGUAAUUCCAAAGUGCAGGUCCGGUUUAUAAUGGUGAAUGUUGAUUUACUUGUUUAGGUGGACUACAUUUUGGGAGAU